AAUAGCUUCCCUUCUGACGUUUUCAGAGAGGAGAGUCUCUUUUGUUCUCGCGAUAUUUCCGGGUACUCGGGAGCCCGGGCGACCCGGGCUUCUGUGAAAUAUGGCGGUCGGCUGGGACUGUAAAACAAGCAUGACUAUAUGAAGAAGAGGAAGGUUUACCUGAAGAUGAGGCGACUGAAUCGGAAAAAAACCUUAAGUUUGGUGAAAGAGCUGGAUGCCUUUCCAAAGGUUCCCGACAGCUAUGUAGAGACUUCAGCCAGUGGGGGUACAGUUUCUUUAAUAGCAUUUACCACUAUGGCUUUAUUAACCAUUAUGGAAUUCUCAGUAUAUCAAGACACAUGGAUGAAGUAUGAAUAUGAAGUAGAUAAGGAUUUUUCUAGCAAAUUGAGAAUCAAUAUAGAUAUUACUGUUGCUAUGAAGUGUCAAUAUGUUGGAGCAGACGUAUUGGAUUUAGCAGAAACAAUGGUUGCAUCUGCAGAUGGUCUAGUUUAUGAACCAGCAAUAUUUGAUCUUUCACCAAAGCAAAAAGAGUGGCAGAGGAUGUUGCAGCUGAUUCAGAGUAGGCUGCAAGAAGAGCAUUCCCUUCAAGAUGUGAUAUUUAAAAGUGCUUUUAAAACUGCGUCACUUCCACCAAGGGAAGAUAAUCCAUCACAAUCUCCAGAUGCAUGUAGAAUUCAUGGUCAUUUAUAUGUCAAUAAAGUAGCAGGGAAUUUUCACAUAACUGUGGGCAAGGCAAUUCCACAUCCUCGAGGUCAUGCGCAUUUGGCAGCACUUGUCAACCAUGACUCUUACAAUUUUUCUCACAGAAUAGAUCAUUUGUCUUUUGGAGAGCUUGUCCCAGGAAUUAUUAAUCCUUUAGAUGGAACUGAAAAAAUUGCUAUAGAUCACAACCAGAUGUUUCAAUAUUUUAUUACAGUUGUGCCAACAAAACUACAUACAUAUAAAAUUUCAGCAGACACCCAUCAGUUUUCCGUGACAGAAAGGGAACGCAUCAUUAACCAUGCUGCAGGCAGCCAUGGAGUCUCUGGGAUAUUUAUGAAAUACGAUCUCAGUUCUCUUAUGGUGACAGUUACUGAGGAGCACAUGCCAUUCUGGCAGUUUUUUGUAAGACUGUGUGGUAUUGUCGGAGGAAUCUUUUCAACAACAGGCAUGUUACAUGGAAUUGGAAAAUUUAUAGUCGAAAUAAUUUGCUGUCGAUUCAGACUUGGAUCCUAUAAACCUGUCACUUCUGUUCCCUUUGAGGAUGGCCACACAGACAACCACUUACCUCUUUUAGAAAAUAAUACACAUUAGCACCUCCCAAGUGAAGGAGAAAAACUUUUUGCCUGAGACACAAAACCUUUCUUAAUAAUAAAAUGUCGUGCAAUAUGGUCAAAGAAAAGAAAAUAUGAGAAGCAGGAAACAUACUUAUUUUAAAAUGGAAAGGGAAAAAUAACCCCAAACUGAAAUUCUAAAUAUGUUGUGUCUGUUCCAAAUGUCCUAGAAGAAAUUAUGUGGCUACUCAGUGAAUAA